GACCUCAGCCGCCUUCCGGCUGCGAGCGGCGGGCUCGCAGCGGUUCUUCCUUGGCGAGGGCCGCGGCGAUAGCGCGGCCGGGAAAGCGUUAACGGCCCGUCGCCCCGCAGCGGCGGCGGAUCCGUGAGGGUAGCAGAAUUGAACAUCUCACAAGACAGCGAUGGCUUUUUCUCUAGAAUUUGAAUAUGGAGGCCACAGGGACAGAUGAAGUAGAAAAGAUAAAAUCAAAGUUUAUGUCUGCAUGGAACAACAUGAAAUACAGUUGGGUGUUGAAAACCAAAACUUACUUCAGUAGAAACUCUCCAGUCUUUCUGCUGGGAAAGUGUUACCACUUCAAAACUGAUGAAUCUGGUGAACUCUCUGCAGAUGGAUCCAACUUUGAUAAAAUCACCACAGAGAUUUCAGGAAACGUUGAGGAGUUCCGGAAGGAUUUUAUUUCUCGAAUAUGGUUGACUUACAGAGAGGAAUUUCCUCAGAUCAAGGGAUCUGCCUUAACUACGGACUGUGGUUGGGGCUGCACGCUGAGAACUGGUCAAAUGCUGCUGGCUCAAGGUCUUAUGCUUCAUUUUCUUGGUAGAGCCUGGGUCUGGCCAGAUGCGUUGGACAUUGACAAUUCAGAUGCUGAAUCAUGGACAGCCCACACAGUGAAAAAGCUGACAGCAUCAUUUGAAGCAUCACUUACAGCAGAGAGAGAACCCAAGAUCCUGUCAAAUCACCACCGGCCAACAGUGAAGAGAAACCGUGAUGACAAUGAAAGGAGAAAUGAAGUUUAUCAUAGAAAAAUAAUUUCGUGGUUUGGCGACUCUCCACUGGCAGCUUUUGGCUUACAUCAGCUGAUAGAAUAUGGAAAGAAGUCUGGGAAAAUUGCAGGAGAUUGGUAUGGGCCUGCAGUUGUGGCACACAUUUUAAGAAAAGCUGUUGAAGAAGCAAGAGACCCUGAGCUGCAAGGAGUAACAGUCUAUGUUGCUCAGGAUUGCACAGUCUACAGUUCAGAUGUUAUUGACAGACAGUGUUCUUUCAUGGAUUCUGGAAAAGCAGACACAAAAGCUGUGAUUAUAUUAGUUCCUGUGAGACUCGGUGGAGAGAGAACAAACAUGGACUACUUAGAGUUUGUAAAGGGAAUUUUAAGCCUUGAGUAUUGUGUUGGUAUUAUCGGUGGCAGACCCAAGCAGUCGUAUUACUUUGCUGGAUUUCAAGAUGACAGUUUGAUUUACAUGGAUCCUCAUUACUGCCAAUCUUUUGUAGAUGUCAGCAUAAAGGAUUUCCCUCUUGAGUCAUUCCACUGUCCUUCUCCCAAAAAGAUGUCAUUCAAAAAAAUGGAUCCUAGCUGCACAAUAGGAUUUUAUUGUAGAACUGUGCAGGACUUUGAGAAGGCUUCUGAAGAAAUAACAAAGAUGCUGAAAUCUUCAUCUAAGGAGAAAUACCCCUUGUUUACUUUUGUGAAGGGUCAUUCUAGAGACUAUGACUUUGCUUCAAGUCCACUCCAUGAAGAACAUGACCUUUUCUCUGAGGAUGAAAAGAAAAGAUUAAAAAGAUUUAGUACAGAGGAGUUUGUCUUGCUUUAAGGACAUUUUAAGCAAGAUUAUUGGCAGCUGUCCAGGGGAACACUUGCCUUUUAAAAAACAGACAUCUAUGUCCUCCUCCCCCUACCCCAGAAGGCAAGCUUGUGCUGAGAUUGCUCUAUUUUCAUAACAAUGAUCAUGUUUUAUAUGUUAAUAGUCUUUAAAAUGGCAAUUAGAAAUAUACUUACUAAUGAUUUUUGGUCACUACUAAGGCCACGUUGUGCUAGUGAAGGUAGAAGACAUUGCUUCGAGCCAGGUGUGCUGCAGUGUGCCCAGAUCCUUCUUAGAAAGCUUGGCCAGUCCCUCAAGCUGAGCCUCUCAGUCCAGGACAAACCCUACAAGAUCCAUGUGGGUUUUAUGUCAUGGACUCUUAUCCAUAGGUUUUGAGACCACAUUAUUUCUGCUUGUAAACAAAACAUGAGUUGUGUGGUAAGGGUAGAACUCUCUGUCUUGCUCUGUAAGCCCAGGUCCUACUUAACACUGUGAUGGUGCCACACACAGCAGGAGAAAGGUAAGUUGGAUCCAUCAGGAGUAAUUGUCAAUUGCAAUACUGAUAGAAUGAUAUAGGCUGAAUUGUGAGUUAAGGUACUAUUUAGCAGUAUGAUUUUAUAAUGGUUUCUCAUUACGCUUGCUUUGGAGCCUUAAUAUGAGGAGCAAAGAUAAAAGAUUACCUUUCCCCGCAAUUUUUAAAGGUUAUACUAUUAACAUUAACUGCAACCAAUCAAAGCAGCUACAGACAAUUAUUAGAAGAGAGCAGUGUUUGUUUCCUGUUUCAACUAUGAUCAUGUUGAGGCUUCUCUCCUCUUAGUGCAGCUUUUGAUGGGGCAGCAGAUCUAACAAAUUCUGGGCUGUGAUUAUGUGUUUUUUCUCUUUGGGUUUUUUUGGCAAGGUUUUUUGGGGUGGGGUUUUUUGGGGGCUUUGUUGGUUGGUUAGUUAGUUUUCAUUUGUUUUGGUUUUGUUUUGAUCUGUGUUAUUACUGUACAGAUGAUUCCUUGAUGG